ACACAUUUGCCCUCCCCUGCUUCACCGCACCUCGACCGGCAUGGAGGCAGUCAUUGGCGGCGGCGGAAGCAGUGAUGGUGGCCUACAACCACGCCCAUCUGCGCCCGUGCGACACCAACCACGCCCUGCCACGACGCAUACAAUGGAGCGUGGCCCCUCUUCCUCAUCAACGCCUGCUCCUCCGCAACCUCCACGUCCUCCGCCUCACCUUCGCAUCCGCGUCCUCUCUCUUCAGAAGCGCAGCAGGGACCUCUGCGUCCAGCUCGAGGCCAGCACAAAUCUCCCAGCAUAUCGUCGCUCCCAUUACCCACCCUUCACCCGCACUCUCCGCGAGCUAGCACUCUUCGCCCUCUCCCUAUCAGUGCACGUCCCCACUCAUAUCCUCGCCGCCUUACCACUCCCCACUCCUGGACUGCUCGCCACCAUUGGCAAUGAUGCCUCUGUCCAUCCCACCUCGCUACCAGAGGGAAGGCUGCUCUGCUUUCAUCUCUCGCGCUGGUUGCAACGCCUCGUUGCGGAGCCGGCGCAUAGAGAUCACGCCGAGACGCGCAACUUUGUCGAGGCAGACUAUAGCUAUCACCCACUAGAGCCAAUGGAAGAUGGCGGCGCGAUGCCUCUCGUUGCCAAACGAUGGCAUGCACUAAUGGCGCAACAGGCGCAUGAUAGGGCAGCCGCCGCUGGUGGAGGCAUGACGAUUGAUGUUGGCGUAGGGCUGGGCUUACCCAGUGGAGUCGUCGGCACGACAGUAGGUGGCGGAGGGACAACUAGCAACGGCAGUAGCUCGAGCGGUGGUAGCAGCUUCUUCGGCAUCUCUCUAGGCGGAGGCAAGAGCUCGUCCUCGUCCACAGGGACAGGCGGCAAAGGCCUCUCCCUCUCGCGCAACGUACACGAUGAUGACGAGGACCUCGUGUCAGCUCGCAUGGAAGUCACACGUCUCGAGCUCCAAUUCAGUACCGCAGCUCAAAAGGGCCAGAAUUGCGUUGCCGCCCGCACCUCACGCCUCUCAACGUCAACCGCAGCCCUCUGCAACUCAUUGCACACCUGGGCGGGCGUAGAGGCCACUCGACCACUCUGCGCCGGUGCUGGCCUGCCCUCCCACUUGGAGACAUUAGCAAAAGCUCUCGCUGGUCCAUUGGACGCAGUGACGCGCUCCUCUUGCCAGACAGAAGGCUUGACCCUUCUCUACCAGCUAGCCUACCAGGGAAAGAAUGCUCGAGCGGCCAAGGAAGCAUUACUCGCGCGCAAUGCGCUCGUCGAAGAGCAUUACGAAGCCUCUAAACGCGCUCUAGUCAAGAAGCGCGACGUCGAAUCUUUGAAAAUCAAGAUGGGCUCUCAAGCUGCACAUCAUGGUUCAGGUUCCUCCAACUCUCACCUCAUCACGCGCGAUCGCAUCGAAGUCGCAAUCGACGACUUUGCCGAUUCCGCACGCUAUGCUGCCCACCUGCGGCAAUUAUUGGGCGAUCUCUCGGGUCAGAUGCAUGAGUCUCUGCGCGCACACAGUCGAUCUGCGCAUGCUGAUGUAAAGCAGAGCUUGCAGGAGCAUGCGAGGGGAAUGGUGAGGAGCUUGAGAAGGGAGAUGGACGUGUUGAGGAGGGUGAGGGGGGAAUUAAGGGGAGAAAAGGUGGAGAAGGCUGGAAAGGGCGGGGUUCUGCCCGGAGACGAGGAGGGGGAGGGGGAGGAGGCGGACGAAGCGCUGGUUGGACAUCCAUCGUCCUCGGUGGCUGGAAGCUCCCCACCGCCAUCGUCAACACCAGCGCCCGCCACGGUGUCGAGCAAUCGCGACUUUUCUCGAGGUGCUCCUGCCCCGCAAUCCGAGGAGCAGCAUGCGCAGCAAGAGUCCUUUGCGGACACACCAGCGCCCAGAAGGAGCACCGAGUCGCCAUACACGUCUCCUCGUCACAGCAUUGAGCAGCAGCGCCCGCCGACCUCAUUCGCAGCCGGACAGCCGCGCCCGCUGUCUCCAUCCCCGCCCUCCCCAGCGACUCAGCAGCGUCCCACCUCUCCACCCGCACCGACCGCUACGCAGAGCAUGUUCCUGCCCCAGCCCUCGUCUCAGGACGAGCAGCCUAGUGGCUUUAGUGCCCAUCAAGGCGGGCAAGGUGGGCUGAACACAUCUCGCUUCAGCGGCGGGCGGCCGAACCCGUUCCUUAAUAGCGGAGCAGGAAUGAGCAACAGUGUCUCCGCCCUGCCACAGUCCGAGAGAAGGGCAGACGCCGAUUCCACUCCCCCACCCAUCUCUACAUUCGGGACUACGCCCCGUAGCGGCCCACCUGGGCGAGGAGGAGGCGCAGCUGGGCGAGGAGGUAGAGGUCGAAUCAGCGCUUCUGAAGCUGCGAGAAGUCUGGGCGGCCGAUUUUGAUCGCUACGACGGUGAGACGUCGUGUAAAAGCAUUUCACGAAUGCGGCGCUAAUGAUUAUGAUUAUGAUGAUGAGAAUGAUGAUACAGUACGUCCUUCGUGUCGAGCGCAAUCGUCGAGAAAAUGUUCGCAAUGGAUGGAAGCAGGCAAUGCCGCAGUAGAGAGGGGCAGGGGGUGGGUGGGGUAGCAAAUGUUCUUUGUACAAGUCUUGGGUGGGUAGGGAAGUGAUUCGUGUUCGGAAGCGGUGCCGCCGCAACCUUCGGGCGCACCUUGCUGAUCUCACCUGUGUCGCUGAGAAUCGCUAGGCUGCCGCGCAUGACUGUUCCUCUCCCACGUCCGUCGUUCCUGCUGUCGCGCCGUGCUCAGUCUUCUCCUCAUGUCGCGUCUCGCCCUGCUCCUGCCCUUUCUCACCCUGCACCUCUUCGUCCUCGCCCUCUUUUCCCUGUGGGAACGCUAUCGAAUUGAAAG